AUGGACAAGGAUAUGCAACAGAGGUUGAUUAGGUCAGAAGCAGAAGAGGUUGGUGAUUUGAAAGGGAGAAUUUAUAAAGAAUCCAAGAAAAUAUGGAAGGUUGCCUUGCCUAGUAUUAUAUCGAGAGUGACUUCAUUUGGAACCGUAGUUGUUACUCAAUCAUUUAUUGGACACAUAAGUUCAUCUGAUCUUGCUGCUUAUGCACUUGUUCAAACCUUAUCCCUUCGAUUCGUAAAUGGAAUACUGAUAGGAAUGUCAAGUGCAACUGAAACUCUCUGCGGGCAAGCAUUUGGAGCAAAACAGUACCAUAUGUUGGGCAUUUUCUUGCAAAGAUCAUGGAUUGUGGAUCUUAUCACAUUAACAAUCUUACUUCCUGUUUUUAUCUUCGCAGCACCAAUCCUUAGACUGCUUCGGGAGGAAGAUGAUAUCGCAAAAUCUGCUGAAUAUGUUUCUCUGUGGUUCAUCCCGUUUAUUUACAGUCUCCUUUUUGCUAUGACAAUCCAAAUGUAUCUACAAUCACAACAAAAGAAUUUGGUAAUUGCAUGGCUAUCUGUUAUAGAAUUUGUAAUCCACAUUCUCUUGUCUUGGCUUUUUGUCUACAAACUGAAUUGGGGAAUUUCUGGGGCCAUGGGAGCGCUAUGCAUAUCUUCAUGGUUUCUGGUCAUUGGAGAAUUUGUAUACAUCUUCGGAGGUUGGUGCCCCGAUUCAUGGAAGGGAUUCACUACAGCUGCAUUCAAGGACGUAUUGCCAGUGGUGAAACUUUCAGUAUCUUCUGGUGUUAUGGUUUGCUUAGAGUUAUGGUACUACGCCAUUCUGGUUUUAUUAGCAGGAUACAUGAAAAAUGCAAAGGUUGCCAUAUCUGCCUUUUCUAUUUGCCUUAAUAUGGUGGGAUGGGAAACCAUGAUUAGUAUUGGCAUGAUGGGAUCUGCAUGCGUUCGGGUUGCAAAUGAGCUUGGUAGAGGAGAUGCGAAGGCUGUUAAAUUUUCGAUUAAAGUCCUGAUCACUACUUCAGUAUCAAUAGGGCUAUUCUUUUGGAUCCUCUGCUUAAUAUUUGGCAAUAAAAUCGGAUAUUUAUUCACUAACGAUGAAGAAGUUGCACAUAGUAUUUCUGAUCUUUCUCCACUACUUGCUUUCUCAGUGUUGCUCAAUAGUAUCUAUCCAGUACUCUCAGGAGUGGCAGUUGGAGCAGGUGUACAAACGACAGUUGCAAUUAUUAAUGUUGUUUGCUUCUAUAUAAUUGGAAUACCAAUAGGAGCUUUACUUGGUUAUUUUACUCAUCUUCAAGUUAAGGGAGUAUGGAUUGGGAUGUUGUGCGGUGUGGUCACCGAGACACUUGCAUUGAUCCUCAUGGCAUGGAGAACAAAUUGGGACCAACAGGUACUUAAAGCUACAGCACGCCUCGAAAACUGGUACUUACAGUCUCCUGAUGAGUCUGAUAAGAAGUGA